AUGGCCUCCGACGACGUCCAGUUCCCGACCUACCCCGACAUCAAAGGGAAGGUCGUCUUUUUGACCGGCAUCGGCCAAACCGGCGACCAGAGCAUGUGGGGCAACGGUGCCGCCACGGCGCGGAUUCUUGCCCGCAACGGCGCACGCAUCUUUGGCUGUGACCUGAGCCUGGCCGCCGCGCAGCACACCCAGUCCCGGAUCCGCGCCGAAGGCGGCGAAAUUGAGGUUGUGAGCGCCAACGUCACCCAGGACGCGUCCGUCCAGGCCGCCGUCGCGGCGUGCCUCGCCGCCUACGGCCGGAUCGACAUUCUGGUCAACAACGUCGGCCGCUCGGAGCCGGGCGGCCCCGCCGACAUGGCCGAGGCGGUCUGGGACGCGCAGGUGGACGUCAACCUCAAGUCGGUGUACCUGUGCUGCCACCACGUGCUGCCCCUCAUGGAGAAGCAGGACGGCGGCGCCGGCGGCGGUGUGGUGGUCAACGUCGCCUCCAUUGCCGGCCUGCGCUACAUUGGCAAGCCGCAGGUGGCCUACGCGGCGACCAAGGCAGCCGUCAUCCAGUUUACCAAGGCGACGGCCGUGCUGUAUGCGUCGCGCGGCAUCCGGCUCAACGUCGUGGUGCCAGGCCUCAUGGACACGCCGCUCGUCGGGCUGCUGGCCGACAAGUACGCCGGCGGGGACCUGGCCGGGUUCAAGGCGAAGCGCAACGCCGCCGUGCCCAUGGGCCACAUGGGCAGCUCGUGGGACGUGGCCAUGGCGGCUGCGUUUUUGGCGUCGGAGCAGGCACGCUACAUCACCGGCCAGCCGAUUGUCGUCGAUGGUGGCAUUACGUCGGUUACCUUUGACUCGUUGUUCCUUCUCAACACCCCUACCCUACUUCUUCUCCAGCAACGCAUACACGGCGUGGACCUCGGGCACCUUGGCCUCGAAUUCCUGGCGGGCCUCGUCCCACACGCGCUGCUGCGCCACCCUGCCGCUGCGGCGGUUCAUGAACGGUGGAUAGGCGACCGCGUCAAAGUCGUGCAGGAUCUGGCCGUUGGCCGCGGCCGGCGCAGAGGCGCCGUUGACGAGCGCGGCGGCCCCGUAGCUGGGGUCGCGGGCGCUGAUGUUCAUGAUGAGGCGGGGGAUCAGUUUGGCCUGGUUGGGGCUGGUGAGUGGGGUCCAGGCGGAGCCGGGGUCGGCACUGGUGAUGGUGACGGCCGGCGGCUGCUGUUGGCCGGUCGCUGCGCGAGACGCCGUGCGCGCCGCCAGCUCGCGCGCAAAGUACAGCAACAGGCCCUUGGAGCGGCCGUACUGGUGGCCCUGCGCCAGGCCGUCACGGCUUGUGCUGAGGCGGCGCAGGUACGACGCGCCGGGCUGCCGCGGCAGGCCCAUGGUGAAGGACGACGGGUAGAUGCCGAAGGACGUGACGAACGUCAGAACGGGCGGCUGAGGAUUGCCGGGCGAGGCCUUGAGGUGGGGCAAGAGGAGGAGGGCGAUGAGCGCCGUCGACAAGAAAUUGACCUGGACAGAAGACUCCCAGCCCUCGGGCGACUUGCGGCGGUGGAACGCGAGAAUGCCGGCCGUCAGGAGGACGUGGUCGAGGUGGUCCACGGUCGCUGCGCGUUUGGCCAGCUCUCGACAGCCUGCAUAGCUCAUCAUGUCGAUCUGCCACACCAGAAUCGUCGGCACCGCCUUGUUCUGAGCGCGCAGAUCCGCCUCAAUCUGCUUUUGCACGCCGGCACAGUCCUGCACAUCGACGAGCACCAGCGUCGCGACGCCGUGCUGCGCAAAGAGCGUCGCCGCGCGCGAGCCGUACGCGCCAUUGGCGCCCGUCACCAGGGCUGUGCGUCCGGCGUACGACGCAGUCCGCACCGUGGGCCGGCCGCUGCGCUGCUUCCACAGCAACUGCACAGGGAAGUACUCGGCCAAGAACAGCGGGAACGCGAGAGUGAGCAGACCAAGUACGGCGGCCACGAUGCCGCCGAUGACGAGGGCGUUGGCCAUGGGAGGCGAAGAGGUCCAAGAUUGCUGGUCAAGCUGCUGAUGCUGGGCGCAGUCUGCAAAGAGUGCGGAGACGACAUACACGUGCAUCAUGCGCUCAAUCUCGCGCGAGUAGACCUCGACGCCCUCGCUCUGCAGCGCCGUCAGCUCCUUGGUGGCGCAGUGGUCCUCGACAAACUUGUGGUACUCCAGGCGCACGUUGCGGUUCUGGUUGAUCUUGACCAUGCCGAGCUGCAUCGACGUGUGGAUGAGCGCGUCGGACAGCGGGUGCGUUCCGUGCAGCACCAGCGGCACGUCCGUGCCGACGGCCUCGUGGAUCUGCCGCAAACGGUCCAGCUGCCACCACGCUUCGGCGCCGCCCGGUCCAUAGGGCCCGUGCACGUUGCCGAAGCUGGGCGCCAGAAAGUGCGUGCCCGUCUCGCGGACGAAGCGCGCCGCGUCCUGCGGCUUCGUGAGGACCUGCUCGAGCUCCAGGAACGGGAUGCCGUCCUCGCCGCCCUCCAUGCGGCCCAGCUCGGCUUCGAUGGUGACGUUCUGCCGGGCGGCGCGCUCGACGAUGCCCUUGACGUAGCGAAUGUUUUCUUCUUCCUCAAACAGCGACCCGUCGACCAUGAUGGAGUCGAAGGCGCACUCUUCGAGCGCCCGGUCCGCGUCCGCGGGCUGCAGGCAGUGGUCGAGGUGGACGGCCACCGGCACGGCCGCGGCGUGGGCGACGUCGGCCACGUAGCGGACAAAGGCCGGGCCCUGGAAGUGGAUGGACCAGGGGAAGAGCUGGAUGAUGGCCGGGGAGCGGCAGCGCUCGGCGGCGCGGAUGACGGCAAGGACGCCCUCGACGUUGUACCUGGUGGCUGUUAG